GUUUAGUUCUAGUUUUGAAUUUACUCCUUGUUCAUUCCAAAUUCAAUCAGUACCAAGAACCUCUUCUCCUUCUCUUUUACGAGUUGUUGUGUUUGUAGUAUUAAAGAAACAAUAGCAAGAAAAAAUGAUGCAAAAGGCAAGCAAGGUCGGAGCCUUGGCGCUCCUCCUUCCGUCGCAAGAGGGGGAAGGAUUACAGCGCCAAGUAGCAAUCGAUCAAGAAGGUGGAGUCAUCGACGUCGAAGAUGCUAACGGAAGACCAAGUAGCUUCACUCAGAACAAAGAACAAAAGGAAUCCAAGGAAUCCAAAAAUAAAGCAGCGUUCUUGGCUGGUGAUGGAGCCGCUCCAGGUCAAGCAGGCGAUUUAUGUAGAUCUUCUACCUUUCCUAGUCCCGCGCGAUUCAGGCAAGUGAAAACGCUAGACCUAACUGAGCACAUAGACAUACUAAAUUUUGGUCGUGACUGUCUUGAGUGAAAGUCCCAGAUCAGCAUCGCACGUAGUAAUAGCGAAGCUUUUAUAUGUGUCAUUGAUGAGUUAUAAGAUUUUGGCCAUAUACACCAUUAAUUUUGGCAAUAUACAAGACAGCGACUUCAUGGCAGUCUUGCCGAUGGCAGUAAAUAAUUCUAAUUCUGGAACGUUUCGGAAUAUUAUAGUCGUUCUUGCAUGAUGUUGUUCUGAAGAUGAAGAGUCGAGUAAGAUGGUUGGCGGUAUCAUCAAAGAAAAUAAUCAUUGUAGAAAAUUAUGGCAUGGCAGUCAUGGUGCCAAUGUCGGUAACAAUGCUCCUUCUAAUGGAUAUGGAACGCGUCAAGUAUAUACUACUCGGAGUUGUAUAUUGGUCUUGAAACAAGUAAAAAUGUGAGGAACCUGGAACAAACUAUAUCACCGAAACCAUGCGCUAAUGCUGACGUCGGACGCGGAUUCCACCGGUGUUCUUCAUGAUGAAGCUUCUGACUUAUGGUCUUGCUAAAGGUAAAAAAAUUAUAUUUGGAAGUACUUGUGGUCACCCUCUCACUCAGCUAUAGUAUCUAUGCAAAACGCGCCAUAAAAGAUAAAAAGGAGUGGCAUAUGCUGUCGGCGUUGCAUUUAUUAGCUUCAAGGAUGCCUUCUCGUUCUCAAGAAGAUGCACGGGCACGGACUCGGUUGUAACCUGACUCAUAUUUGAUAUUCCCAAUCGAUGUGUCAGUAAUAUCACACUAGGAGGUUCUAGUUGCUUGCCUCUGUGGUCUACCGCUUGAAGAGUCCUUCAGGAGUAUCAAAGAUGCUCUUUGACUCCUACAUGUUUGAAGCUAAUGCUUCUACUCAUGGGUUUUAUUGUGUGGCGUUUUUUAUUUAUAAAUGUUAUUGGUACGUCACUAAGAAUGCUAUCUUUCGUCCAUUCUUUUUGUUACAGGAUGUUGUUGUUCGCACUUAUCGCAUUGUUCUUUUCUCUACUUGUUGAUUGAUGAAAGAUCGUGGGACAAACUACAAGCUCAUUAGAUGAGCCGAGCUACGGGAUACAAACGAUGAGAGUUAUGCUCUAAGAAGUUCCGACGCAGCUGGCAAAGCAGUAGCAGUCGCCGCAACCCAACAGGUGUUUGGAAAUGCGCUGCAGGGGAAGCAUAUUAAUUUAUGUGACGACCUCUGAUCUCGUCACCUGAGAAUGGGAUAAACAAAAUAGACAAAUUUGUGGAUCAUCUUACACGUCCAAGAAAGGAGUGACUAAAUAGCCUGGAAUAUUUGAAAGUAGAGGGGUGUUCUAGUUGUAGAACGUUUAGCUGUAUAGGGGCUACGCGCACGGUCAGGGUGUCCCGAGCGAAGAUGCAUGGGGGCCAAGGUCUGUUGGGGCACGCGCGCCCCCCAACGACUAGCAUCGGUGUAUAAGGGACACGAGAGUCAAGCCGGCUUUACCCGCAGCCUUGUGCAGAAGCCAGGCACAAGAGAGGCGAAGGAAUUGCCAGUCAAGGCAAUGCUGCUCGUUUUCCAGUACACUGCGUAUCCAUCUCGCCUCCCCCUCUAUCUCCUCACCUGGUAGUAGUCCGUGACUUUUUAUAACACCCCCAAUCACGACCACGACGCCUACAACUAGCGAAGAUGAUCCGACCUAAGACCAUGACCUCGUCACUGGGGGCACUUGUUUAAUACAUUUGCGGGUCACGACCUAAUAGUUCAAUGAAGCUAAAUGAAGAUAUUACAAGUCAUCGACGGUGAUUGAUCUUGAAACAAACGAGCCCCUUAAAUGAUCUGAGUGAGAUGAAAGAGAAAGUGAUAAGGAACAUACUCUAACAAGCGACGAGGCAAGGGCAAGCGCGACGCCGGUCGUGAAGGCAGAAAAUUUAUGAUCCGACCUAGGACCUUGACGUUACUGGGGGUACUUGAAUAAACUUGCGGGUCGCCUAAUAAUUCCCAGGAAAAUAGCGGUAAUCAUAAAAAAAUAGCCUGAAGUAUUCAGAUUAGGACUAGAUGGGGACUUGUUGUAGAUCCCAAGAGUUGGGGGCACGGGCUUAGCCUGCUUCUUAUUCCAAAGAUUUGGACCAAGUUCCUUCGGUUUCUUUGCUGACUGUAUCUAGCGAUCGAAGAUUCUUUUGGCUUCAUCAAUGGCCUUAGCAUAGUACGCGAGGCCAUGGUAGAGUAGUUGGUAUGUGGGAGUAAGUAAGUAUUCGCC